AUGACUGCUGAUUCUGACAGCCUGGUUCCUGGAGAGGCCUCCAAGCUCACCCCAGCCUGCUACGAGAGGGUUCAAGAAGAGCUCUCAGAACCCAAAACCGGCAUCCUCAAUCAUCAGAUGAAGCCGAUUCUGCAACCUGGGGGACUUGGAUCUCCCAGCAGCAGCACAGAAACUCCUGGGUCAUGGCAGCCCCUUCAGAUCUUGACCUUCCUCCGAUUCCUCACUCACUGCAGGGACUUCCUGCCCCGUGGAUCUGGCAUUGUCACCCGACGUCCCCUGGUCUUGCAGCUGGUCAACGCUACCACAGAAUAUGCCGAGUUCCUCCACUGCAAGGGGAAGAAAUUCACCGACUUCGAGGAGGUACGCCUGGAGAUCGAGGCUGAGACUGACCGGGUCACGGGCACCAACAAGGGCAUCUCGCCAGUGCCCAUCAACCUGCGAGUCUACUCGCCACACGUGCUGAACCUGACCCUGGUGGACCUGCCGGGAAUGACCAAGGUCCCCGUGGGAGACCAGCCUCCGGACAUCGAGUUCCAGAUCCGGGACAUGCUUAUGCAGUUCGUCACCAAGGAGAACUGCCUCAUCUUGGCUGUGUCCCCUGCCAACUCUGACCUGGCCAACUCAGAUGCCCUCAAGGUCGCCAAGGAGGUGGACCCUCAGGGCCAGCGCACCAUUGGGGUCAUCACCAAGCUGGACCUUAUGGAUGAGGGCACAGACGCCCGCGACGUGCUAGAGAACAAGCUGCUCCCACUGCGCAGAGGCUACAUUGGGGUGGUGAACCGGAGCCAGAAGGACAUAGACGGCAAGAAAGACAUCACAGCUGCCCUGGCCGCGGAACGCAAGUUCUUCCUCUCCCACCCGUCCUACCGCCACCUGGCUGACCGCAUGGGGACGCCCUACCUGCAGAAGGUCCUCAACCAGCAACUGACGAACCACAUCCGGGACACGCUGCCAGGGCUGCGAAACAAGCUGCAGAGCCAGCUGCUGUCCAUUGAGAAGGAAGUGGAGGAGUACAAGAACUUCCGCCCUGAUGACCCAGCGCGCAAGACCAAGGCCCUGCUGCAGAUGGUCCAGCAGUUCGCGGUGGACUUUGAGAAGCGCAUCGAGGGCUCUGGAGACCAGAUUGACACCUAUGAACUGUCGGGAGGAGCCCGCAUUAACCGGAUCUUCCAUGAGCGCUUCCCCUUUGAGUUGGUCAAGAUGGAGUUUGACGAGAAGGAGCUCCGACGGGAGAUCAGCUACGCUAUCAAGAACAUCCACGGCAUUAGGACGGGCCUCUUCACACCUGACCUCGCUUUUGAAGCCACAGUGAAAAAGCAGGUGCAGAAGCUCAAAGAGCCCAGUAUCAAGUGUGUGGAUAUGGUAGUCAGUGAGCUCACGGCCACCAUCAGAAAGUGUAGCGAAAAGCUCCAGCAGUACCCGCGGCUGCGUGAGGAGAUGGAGCGCAUUGUCACCACCCACAUCCGAGAGCGCGAGGGCCGCACCAAGGAGCAGGUCAUGCUCCUCAUCGACAUCGAGCUGGCGUACAUGAACACCAACCACGAAGACUUCAUAGGCUUUGCCAAUGCUCAGCAGAGGAGCAACCAGAUGAACAAGAAGAAGGCUUCCGGGAACCAGGAUGAGAUUCUGGUCAUCCGGAAGGGCUGGCUGACCAUCAACAACAUUGGCAUCAUGAAGGGGGGCUCCAAGGAGUACUGGUUUGUGCUCACCGCUGAGAACCUGUCCUGGUAUAAGGAUGACGAGGAGAAAGAGAAAAAAUACAUGCUGUCUGUGGACAACCUGAAGCUGCGUGAUGUGGAGAAGGGCUUCAUGUCGAGCAAGCACAUCUUCGCCCUCUUCAACACGGAGCAGAGGAAUGUCUACAAGGAUUAUCGGCAGCUGGAACUGGCGUGCGAGACACAGGAGGAGGUGGACAGCUGGAAGGCCUCCUUCCUGAGGGCUGGCGUGUACCCUGAGCGUGUUGGGGACAAAGAGAAAGCCAGCGAGACGGAGGAGAAUGGCUCCGACAGCUUCAUGCAUUCCAUGGACCCUCAGCUGGAGCGGCAGGUGGAGACCAUCCGGAACCUGGUGGACUCAUACAUGGCCAUUGUCAACAAGACCGUGCGGGACCUCAUGCCGAAGACCAUCAUGCACCUCAUGAUCAACAACACCAAGGAGUUCAUCUUCUCGGAGCUGCUGGCCAACCUGUACUCCUGCGGGGACCAGAACACGCUGAUGGAGGAAUCUGCCGAGCAGGCGCAGCGGCGCGACGAGAUGCUGCGCAUGUACCACGCGCUGAAAGAGGCUCUCAGCAUCAUCGGCGACAUCAACACGACCACCGUCAGCACGCCCAUGCCCCCGCCCGUGGACGACUCCUGGCUGCAGGUGCAGAGCGUACCGGCCGGACGCAGGUACCAGGGCCGGUGA